AUGACAUCUGUUGAAGAAAUCAAACAAGAGUUAAAAAAUGCAAAAGAAAGAUUAAGGAUGGUAAAAGAAAUAGGAAGAGAGGAGAAUAAAGAACUUGAUGAAAAAGAGAAAAAACAAUUGGUAAGAUUAGAGAAAGAAAAAGAAGAGUUGGAUGGAAAGAAGAAAUUUUGGAAAGGAAAGAUCAGUAAGUAA